ACUUAUUGAUCAAAAGAGAGAGUGGCUCCUUAGUGUCCAGUGGCUCAAGUUCGAAUUCACAAUAAAAAAACACCACAACUCUUGACUUCAAAGGGAAGUGAGUGUCUUCAAUGUUUUUCAGCCCAACUAGGGGUCUACUCGGAGCACUUUAAACCUUAUGGCUGGGGUAUCCGUGCCCCGAACACUGAGCCUUUUGAACGUUUGGCAAAAUGCGACCCUACCCAAGUCAAAACUUUCACUCCGGCAACUCGUCUCCGUGGAACAAAGUCAUAGCCACCAACGUCAUUCAGAGCAACACCACGUCUGCUCCCACCUUAUCUUCAGUACUCAACAGCUCCGUUGCGUCAUCUUUUCACCCUGGGGAGGAAGUGUUCGUUACUCAGUCCUCUAUCCACUCCAGGAUCUUCGUCACUUCCCCUUGGGAAAGCGACGCCCUUUUAAACUCCACGAGUACCCGCGCCACCUGGUGUGAUGACCUUCAGGGGAGUGACUUUAUCUACACGCCGACCAUCUACUCGGCACCCGUCAGACACCUCAUCGCAGUCUUCUUCAUCAUCAUCAUGAUCAUCACCGUCGCGGGCAAUGCUGUCGUCAUCAUCAUCGUGUUCACUGACCGGCCUCUAAGACGGAUCACCAGCGGACUUUUUCCUGCCUAUCCUUGUUCACUGGCACCGCCUCGGCCUGGAGGAUCUGUACGAAUGUCUCAGUGGCCUGGAGACUCACGUCUGCACGCUUUUCCCAAACAAAGGAUUCAGCACCGUCUCCUUCCUCGUCAUGUUUGCCUUUCCCACAGCACUCAUGUGCUACUGUUAUGUGCACAUCUACAGAGCGUCCAAAGCCCAGAGGAAGCGAAUGAGUUCGGUCACUCUCGGUGCUUACAGUGAUGCCGAGGACCCUGCAGUCGUCUCCCUCACUCAGCCAGAUUCAGUCCAAAAUGGCGCCCACCCCCAUAGACCUUCUGUUGAUGUCACCAAAAUGCCGGUACUUCCGGAAGAACAUUCGGCGAACACAUCUUUCAUUAUCGACGAUUGUGAAAGGGACCAUGCUGAAUCGUGCAGCAGUGGCGACAACAUUGAUGACAUUGAUGUGGAGGAAGGAGAUCAAAACGGUCAGGGUGUUUGCAAUGUUCCAGAGUUUUCAAUAUCUUCUGGCGUGAACGGCACCGUGUCUCAAUCCAACUCUUCUGUUAGCUUUCAAAAAGAAAAUGGUGCAAAUAGUCGUCCAACGACGCCUGACGUCAGUCAGACAAAGCGGGUGAAGUUAAAAAACCGCAAAUACAGGCCAGCGAAAAAGCGUUCCAUCUCUGGCUACAAACUCAGCUUUUUAGGGGAAGACUUCAGAGCAGCUCGCUCAAUUUCCAUUGUGUUCAUCUGCUACACGGUCACAUGGACGCCAUAUUGGAUCACCAUUUUGAUCAUGCCGUACGUGGGGCCUCAGAACGUGCCAGACCCAGUGAUUGGGGCGGGGAUCUGGCUGGCGUACUUCGGUUCGGCUGUCAACCCGUUCGUCUACUAUUUCAGCAAUACUGCCGUAAAGAAGGGCAUCAAACGGCUGUUGAGGAAGAUCUGGCACAGGCUGGGCAAUCGUGACCAUCCGAUCCGAAACAACAGUUAUACUUAGAAACCAGAUGUUAUGGAGUUGAUGAA